AUGGAAAACUCUGUAGAGAGGAUCAUAGGAUACAGAUGGGAGAUUAUAGAGGCAUGCAUAAAAUUAGACUUACCUGUUACGGUAAGGAGUACAUCUAUACAAAUAUUCGAUAGGGCCAUUGGUAAAAUGCUUAGAGGCAAAAAAGAAAUGAGGGAUGUCAUAUAUGCGAUAGUAAUAGUUGCUUCUAAGUGUGAGGAUCUCCAUGGCAAUAUAGAUACUCUUAUAAAAAGGCUCCCGGGAUCCAAUAAGAAAAACAUUUUUAAUUAUGAGUCAGAGUUGUUUGAAGUUCUAGACUACAACUUCCAUUUCCCAAGUCUGUACCUUAGGAUGUACGGGGUACUUGCUCUACUCCAAGAAAAAGGACUCAUUAAAGUUGCGAGAGAUACUCCAGAAGCUACUGAAGGAGAUAAGGGAGAAGAGAUUUUCGUUUACAGUGGGGAAGACUGUAUUGUCCCAUGUAUUAAUAAGCUAUGGAAACUUUCUGUGGAGAGGAUGGACAAGAUACUUAUUCUAGGUAGAGAACCGUAUAAAGAAAUAGAGUUAGUGUAUGCAAGUUUGUAUUUUCCCUGCGAAAUGUUUGGUUUUCUCAGCUUUUCUUUCAGUAAAGACAAUGUUAUCAGACUUAGAAAUGCCUGUGAGAGUUUUCGGCCUCCCGAAACAAAAUAA